AUGUCCGUCGAAUAUGCCAACAGAUCCUGGAAGCUCAUCGUGUCGGACUGUUUUACAGCCGGCAACGUGGCAGACAUAUCGACAGUUCAGACGGUCGCCUUGCUAGGUUUGUUCGACUUCACUGCUGGUCGGUCACGCCACGGUUCAGCCUGGGUCAAAGUCGGCCUGGCCGUUAGGAUCGCACAGGAUUGCGGACUCAUGCUGGAUAACGCGGCGCAUCUCUCGUAUGUGGAGCAGGAAGAGAGACGAAGAUCAGUCUAUCUGCUGGAUCGCUUGGUCUCCUGCGGCCGCGGUCGACCACCGGCCAUCGUUGAUGCGUCGUGUCAUGUGCAGCUGCCGUGUGACGAGUCAACAUGGCGAGAAGGCCGAUGGGCCAAAAAAACACAGUCAUUGGACGAGAUGACAAACCGGACACUUCCAGUAUCUCAGCGGCAGUGCCCCUUGGCUCAAGUCAUUGCUACUGCACACAUCCUAGGCCGAUGCGCGCAAUAUGUGCUUCAAGACUGCAACAUCAGAGGACCACCACCGUGGGAUCCUGGCUCGGACUUUGCAGGCAUCGAAUCCGACCUUCUACACUUAGAAGCGUACUUGGAGAUACAGAGAUCGGUUGAUGAGAUGUUUGCGACCCAUAUCUUGGCCGAGGGAGCGUGGAUAGCCAGUGUACAGGGCCAAAUUAUCUUCUCUCGAGCGCUGUUCCAUCUCUGCUACUGUCUACUCAACCAUCCAUUUUUGUUACGCCGCCGCCUCAACACAUGCCGCAACCUUGCACCGAUCAGUUUCAUUAAACGAUCUUCCGACCUAGCCUGGCUUCAUGCGCAGCAGAUGCUGGCUCUUAUUCGCGAGGCGCGCAAGUUAGAUUGCUUGUUUCACUCCUCAUCCAGCGGCUACGCAAUCACAGUCGCAGGCUCCAUCUUCGCGUUAUGGAUUUACGACGAGGUCUCGCUUGCUCGUGAACAGGCUCAGAUACUUCUCGAGGAGGCUCUACUAUAUCUGGACAUCAUUGGCCAGCACUGGAGCAAUGUUAAAACAAUGGCCUCGACACUUCGCCGGAUAGUCUACGAUGGGGUUUUAGGACGCCACUUGAACAGCCUCGCGCAGACUUUGAGCUUCACGCCUGCCGAGGAAGCAGCUCUAUGGGCAGUGGUCGACUACAGCACCAUGUCGAACCAAUUCCGCGAGGAUGUGAUGAUGAGUGGGCGGGGAUCAGAAGACCAGAUGCCGACUUCGUGGAUUGAUCUUUUCGGUCCUAUUGACUUUGCUCUGUUAUCAAGUGACAACGCAGCGACUCAAUAG